AUGAAAUCAUCUGAAAUCACGAAAGCAAUCAAAAUCGUUGUAUCAAAUGCAUAUGAUCUCGCAGACACUCAGUUAUUUCGACUGAUUUUAAGAUAUGAAAUCACUGAAGCUCAUGGUCGUCACUUGACAUCGCUGAAAAGUUCGAGUAUUCGAAACUUCCGGUUUCAGAGUACCACUGUACGCUACCAAAUAUGUUUACUCGCCGAUUCCCCAACUGCACGCACCCACACCCACACACCCUACAACCAUCAGCAGCACAAAGUGAGAUUUUCAAAGUGCCACGUGAUGGAUAUGUUCCCAGGUCGAUCAUUCCGGCGACUGGGUCCAUUGAAAUCUGAGUCAGUUCCGGUACAGCUCUUCUCGAUUCCGGCACAGCUUUCGCCGAUUCCAGCAAGUUCCUUGCCGCUGGAUUCCGGUCGGAAUCCGGCGGCAAGGAAAUGGUCGGAAAACGAACCUAACCGGCCGGAACAGACCGUGCCGCAACAACCUGGGUUUGCGCGUCGUGUACAAUACCGCUGA